UUCCAUCUGUUCGGCUCCGUUGAGACACUGAUUGAAGCAGAUCAUAGCGCUCCGCUGGUCGCAAUGGCAACCGCUCCAACAGGAAGGGAGCGACAACUUUCUUCUUGUUUGUAAUGUUCCGGAGGAGUUCCGAGUCACUGAAGAAGCUACUUUCCUAUGUGAGGAAGGAUCGUUACAGACUUUGAGUGAUCCCAAAAUGUCCCAGGGAUGUCCGCUUUCUGUGGAAGAGGUCCAGUCCUGGUGGGAAGUCCCCGCCAUAGCCCACUUCUGCUCGCUGUUCAGGACGGCGUUCCGGCUUCCAGACUUUGAAAUAGAGGAGCUGGAGAAGGCUCUGUCAGAGCAGGACCUGGACUUCCUCGGCGACCUCGUUGCCUGCUUGUUGCAAGGAUGCUACCAGCGCACUGAUAUAACCCCCCAGACGUUCAGCAGCUACCUGGAUGACAUCAUCAGCUACAGGUGGGAGCUGGAGGAGGGGAAGCCCAACCCGCUGCGGGACGGGCCGUUCGACAGCCUCCACCCUCGCACUCAGGUGGAGCUGCUGCACAGGCUCUGCGACUACCGCCUGGAUGCUGCAGACGUCUUCGACCUGCUGAAGGGGCUGGAUGCAGACAGCCUGAGGGUAGAACCCCUGGGGCAAGAUGGAGACGGCGCCCUCUACUGGUACUUCUAUGGCACUCGUAUGUACAAAGAGGAGCCACUGGACAGGAAAGCUGAGAGUCUCAGUGAAUUUGAUCCAACAUUACCAGAGAGAAAGAGGAGGGGAAGACCACCAAAGAAACGAAAGCUAGAAGACAAUAAUCUAAGUGAAGAUGAAAGUGAGGGGGCAGAUGUGAAGUCAGACAACGGGCUGGAUGACUUUCCUCCAAGCGCAGGCCGUCAGCGAGGCGCCUGGUCUCUGGUGUGUGACACGGAGGAGCAGUGGAUCAGCCUGGCGGAGAGCAUCAAGGACAGAACGUCCCCACAGGACCGCCAUCUUUACCGCGUCAUCAGCCAGAACUUCCUGCCUGAGAUCAGCAGCAUGAUCGAGCACAAGGAGCGAGAGCAGAAGCAGAAGUUACUGGACCCGGCGCCAGUCCGGACCUCGCAGUGGUUCUCUGAAAACCACAUUAAACCUGAGAAAGAGGACAAUCUGAAGGCCAGAUCAGAGGAGGAGAGGCGGAAAGACGAAGAACUGGACCGGCAGGUUCUGCUGGCUGAGCAGCGCCGGGAAGAGGAGCGCCUCCUGCAGGAGGAGCAGCAGAGGGAGAAGCUGGAGAAGAUGAAAGCUGUGGAAGAGCGAGCGAAGAGGCGGAAGAUGCGUGAGGAGAAGGCCUGGCUGCUCUCCCAGGGAAAAGAUCUUCCACCCGAACUCCUGAACCUGGAGCCGUCUUCCCCCGUCAGGCGGACACGGAAGAGCAAAGAAUUCUACGACAUUGACGAUGACUGCACCGCUCUUUACAAAGUGCUGGAGGCCCUGAAAGCUCACAAAGACGCCUGGCCUUUCUUAGAGCCUGUUGACGACUCCUACGCCCCAAAUUACCACGACAUUAUCCAGACUCCCAUGGACCUCUCCACCAUUGAAAAGAAGCUGGGUGACGGGGAAUACGUCGCCAAGGAGGAGUUUAUUGCAGACGUGAAGCUCAUGUUUGAAAACUGUGUGGAAUACAAUGGAGAAGACAGCGAAUACACCGUCAUGGCCGAAUCUCUGGAGCGCUGCUUUAACCGGGCGCUGCUGAAACACUUCCCGUCGGAGGACGGCGACACGGACGAGGAGUUCCACAUCAGCCGGGAGGACCGAGAGCGGAAGGACAAGAAGCGAAACCGGACCAGUAAACAUUUAGGACCGGAGAGUUUGAUCAGGGCUACGGAGCAGGUCCAGCGUAAGAGGACUCCGCAGGGAAAAGGCAGUGCUCCUGCAGAGGCAGAGGACAGCCGGAUGCCCCGACUGCAGCUCCCACCCCACUGGGCCAGCGGCCCAGCUCAAGGCCCGGCUCAUGGAUCGGCUCACGGCCUGCCUCCAAACCAGCAGCACAUGUUCCAUCCAGGACAGCAGCUCCGUCCUCCAGCUGGUCCUCCCGGUCCGCAGAUGUUCGCUCAAAGGAUGGCCAUGGAUCCUCGCUUCAGCUACCCGGUCCACAUCCCGAGGCCUGGAGACCCCAACUUCAGCCGCUACCCUCACAGUUUUAAUAUGCAGUGGAUAGAGCACCAAAACGGUUUCCAGCCCAGGGACCCACAUCCUUGUAAAUCCGGCCCUGGAUGCACCAAACGUCUCACAGGAAGCACCGCCACCCUGUGGUGUAACUCGACUCAUUUGGCUGAUGGACAUCACAUGGGCCCCAGGUAUCCAAUGGGGCCAGAUCCUAACGGGGGCCCUACACAGCAGCGGCCCUACAUCGGUCCGACUCACGGUCCGUCCCUAGGGCCGCGCCCCACGGCCCUCCAGCCCGGCCCUCCCCCCGAAGCCAGCAUGUACCCGUCCCACCAGCGCCCCGAAGGCCGCUCCUUGCACCCCAUGGGCAGCCGAUUUCCCGGCCCCGAGGGACCCGCUCAGCUCCCCUACCCCGGCCUGAGGCCCCCCGGCCUGGGCUCCUCCUCCUGCAUUUGGCCCGGCGUGAACGGCCAGGACCGGCUGAACCCCAACGCUGCCAACCAGCGCAGCUUCAGCUACGGCGGCAUGCCUCCGCCGAUGGGACACAAGCCGUGGCCAGAGGCCGCCGGUUACCCGCAGCACCCCCCCAACGCACCGCAUCAGAUGUCCGGCUCCCUGGGGCCACCGACCUCGCGGGCCCCGGUGCUGCAGUCGGACCCGGCGAGCAGGACUCAGUCGUCUUCCAUGCUGGAGAGCCCAGAGAUGCUGGCCCUGCAGCAGCUGUCGGCCUCCUCUGGACCCCCUGCUGGCGGCUUUCAUCAGCCGGGGGCCCCAUCAGGGUUUGGCAGCAUUCCCUCCAAACAGCUUCAGCUGCUGGGUCCGACUGGAGACAGAGGGACGGACGGCCAGGCGGACACAGAGCCCAGAGGUCCAACGUCCAACAGCAAAAACGACGUAAACAUCCGUAAUGAAGCAACGCCACAAAGAAGCGUUCCUGCCAUGAGGCUGGAACUGGCUGCCGCUCUGAGUCCAUCGGGCCGCCCCACCGGGUCGGAGCGGACGCCCAGUUCCCAGAUUUGCCAGCAGGGGGCGGACGGGCCACCAGAGGGCUCCGCCCGGCCUCACGCAGCCUCCCCCCUGCCGUCCCCGCAGCGCGUCACGCUCAGCUCCCUGCCGCCCAGCCACCCCUCCACGCUGCUGCCCCCCCAGCCCAGCGCGGCGGAGCCGGGCAAUCAGCGGCCCUGUGAGGCCGUUGGCAGGUCCGACCCGGAGGCCCUGAUGUCCGCCCCGCCCAGCAUGUACAAGCAGUUCAGCAGCCAGACCCCGCCCAUGGGGGGCUCCAUGGGGGACAACACAGGCAGCAACGCGGCCCAGAGGGGGCCAGGUGGCUACAGCCCUGCGGCACCGCCCCCCUCCCAGUACGGCCUGGGCGGCACCCUACAUGCACACUACAACAAGGCGCCGUUUCCCAGCCAGUCCUUAAACGCCCCGCCCCACCCUGCCUACCAGCAGGGGGGCAGCAACGCCUUCCCCUACCAGCAGCCGCCCCCUCCGCUCAGGAACAUGUUCCCUCCCCAUCAGUACCAGCAGCCGGCCUACUACGGCCCGCCACUCAGCAGGGAGGGGUACCAGCCCUCCUACCGGCCGCAGCAGCCGGACGCCCCCAGCGCCUACCUCCCUGUGGGCGCCGCCAGGUCCAAUGGUCACUUCAAGGAUAGCGCUGCAUCACCGCCGAGCUCCAGCCGCGCCACCUUGCUGUCUCCCGCCGGCUCGGAGGAGGGGGGGUGCGCCGAGGCGCCAACCGGUCCAAUCAGCAACCAGACGGCUGAGAGCUCAGAGCCUCCGGAAAGCCCGAAGGAAAUCCUGGACCUGGACAGCCACAAUGCCGCCGCCCGCCACCGGGGAGCGCCGCCUCUCCCGCUGCGACACGCCCAUCCGGCAGGGUUCAUGUAUGACCCCCGAGCGCUGCACCCCGGCAUGCAGCAGGGCGGCGCCCCCCCGCCUCACAUGAUGCCCCAGGCGGCGGGCGGUGGGACGCCGUACCCCGGCCAGCCGUACCCGGACCCCCGCUACGCUGCCCAGAGGCCCCACCCACACCUGAUGGAGGCGCUGCAGCGGCCCCAGCUGCCCUACCCCCCAGGGCAAAUGCGCAUGGCCUUGUACCGACACCCCAGAGCUGCAGGGCACUUCCAGGGCAUGAUGGUCCAGCAGAGGGGGCCGGAGCGCUUCCUGCACCCGGGGCAGCAGAUGAUGGCCACACCUGGAGGUGCUGGAGCGAAACAAGGACUGUAAAAAUCUGAAGAUCAAAGUACGGAUUCAACAAACUGCUGGGACAGACAGGAAGUCCGUCCCAGUUGCUGCCGCUGUUUCCUGCUGGGAGGCUCCAACCGACCAGCUGCCACAGCACACAGAAUAAAAUGUGAAAUAGUUUUGAGCCACAGAGAUCAAACCUUUUCCUCCUGACUGUUUCUUCCUGCGCUGAAGCUUUUAUCCUGGAACGAAGGGAACCCCUUUAACCACUAGGUCAACCUGACCAGCGCCGGCGACGCUGCCUUCAGGGACGCCGGGCAGCCGCAGGUCGUCUCUUAAUCUCAGGUGUAGGAGAGGCGGAUCCUGAGCGGCCGCCUGCUGAUGCCUUCUUCCUCUCUGUGAAUGUAUGGUUAAUCUUUUAGACGACAAGCGCAGCUCCGCAGUUGCACAUGUAGGGACUCUGAUUCCUGCCAUUUCUACCCAUAACUCUAAAAGCGUCUCUAAACUUCAGUAUGCACCUGUUCAGCGCUGCCUUGAUUUUACGAAUGUCCUGACAGGAAGCGGUUGCUUCCGUGAUUCUCUGUUAUGCACUAUGAGUUCAGUCAGUCCAGAUUCCCCAGAACUGAGUGGCCUUCCUCAGAACCUCUGAAAUGAUUAGAUAUCUGUCCUGUACUACUGAGAUCCCGCCGGUACGCUGCACACGCAUCCGUCAAACACGCAGCAAAAACGAAGCUUCUUGUGUUUAGAGUUUCAGGUGUCUUCCUCCUCCUCCUCUUCCUCCUGCUGUUAGUGGUCAGGUUCUCCUCAGGGUGUACAGAUUCAGAUUACGGGUAUUUUUGUGAAUCAUUCGAGGAAGGAGCAGCACGUCGAAACUUCUAUUAUCCCCAACCGGCUGACUUUCUGCUUGUUUUUCUCAUAAAUGUGUUUUAGUUUCUUCUGAUUCUUAUUCUUCUUUCUUCUUCAGCUGAUUUAAAGUCAUUUUGGAUAAAAAUAAAUGAUAAUUCUAGUUUUCUCGCUUUUUGUUGUGACUUGUGGCGGUUUAGUCUUUAGUGCGGUUUAGUAAUGAUCUGAAUCUACCUCAUCUAGCUGCUGGCUGGCGUACAUUUCUUCUCCUCCCAGACUCCCCCAUCAGUGUACCAUCUCUUCUAAAUCCCAAUGCAUGAUGGGAAAUCUGGUUCCAGUCUGUUCGGAGUCCAUUUGAACCCACGUCGUUUAAUAAAUGCGACGUCUGGAAACACUGGAGAGAGUUUCCCUCAAUGUUUUAUCAAAGUAGUGAAAUGUAAAAAUAGCAGGUAGCAUUUAAACAGGUUGUGUGUGUGUGGGGGUGGAUGUGGGGGUGUGUGUGGGGGUGGAUGUGUGUGUGUGUGUGUGUGUGUGUGUGUGUGUGUGUGUGUGUACUGGCCGCCAGUUGACUGGAACCGAUUCUCCCUCUUCUGUCAUCUGCACUAGCGACAAACCCAUUAGGCGUGAUUAAAUGUGAAUCAUAUUUAUUUGCUCUUUUAAGAAUUUUUGUACAUUUUUGGACUUGUUUUAAUGUAACUUUUUCCCUGUGACGUUUUUAAACCGUCGUCCUUUAACCCAGGAGGACGGCGGCUUUGGGAGGAGGGAAAAAAGUCUUGUACCUUUUUGUUUUUAAAGUGGAGUUUACAUGUUCUUAUCUGACUGACACGGAUUAUUUUGGGAAUGGAAUGGAUUAUUUUCUAUACUGUCUUAGAAAUAAAUAACGUUUCUCAACUCAGA